AUGGAGAUCUCAAUCACAAACUACCCAAACAUGAUCGACGAAGAUUCGACUCGAUAUCGAUUGAUUGAGCUGAUCUCCAACAUAGCUCAUCAGCCACCUCUUCACCAAACUGGCGAGGCGCCCAUUAACUUCGAUGUGAGCUUCUUCGUAUUCGACCCCAAUCGCAGACGCCGCAAGAAACCUUUCGCAUCCCGCCAGCCCAGAAACUCUGAUCUCUUAAACAGCCAAAUCCAACGAUCAUGGAGAUUGACCUUUCCCAGUAUCGAGUUUGGCGAACGUUUCCUAGAUUUAGUCCACAAGUCCUCACCGCAACAAUUCGGAUUCUCUUACAAGGUCGAGUUUGCCCAAGCGACCAUCAGCGAGAAAGGAUUUACCAAGAUCAAGGUUCCUCCACCGACCUUGGUCCAAAAGCUCAAGACAUCUAGCUUUGUCUCUCCAUUAGAAGAGCGCCAGCUUGACAUAGAACUUAAAAAAUCAGCCCAAGACCGCAUCCAUCUAGCUUCGAUCGAGUUCGGCGGGUUGAAUGGACAGGACUACCUCUCUAAGGAUGCCGCAUUCAGAUCAGAAUAUCGAGUCUCCUUUUACAAUCCUUUUGCUGACUCCAACUUGAUGAUCGACCAUGUGCGAAAUGUCGACAAAGACCCAGGUACUGUCUUCAUCGAUCACUCAUCUGCCCAGAUAACCGUCCUUCGGGUUCAUCAUGGUAUUUCCGAUCAGUUCACAAUGAUCCAUUCCAAGACCGUCAAACGAAUCGAAACCCAUUCAUCUUCAGUCUUACUUUUCACCGAAUAUCCUCCCACAUUUUACUCUGGUCCUCAUUUCAACUUAAACGAUGUUAACUCGCUUGCAGCUACGCUUAGCACUCAAGCGGUCAAGUCUCGUCACGUCGGGUUUGACGCUGAUCAGAUGAGAGUGAUUGCCUUUGCAUCACAUGUAAUCAAAUUUAAUUUCCCUAACCAGAGAGAAUGCGACAAGUUCUUAAGCCAACGUCAUCGCUUCGUACUCCCAAGAGUCAUCCACCUCGAACGCGGUAUAGAACAUACUGCUGUCUACACUCCCACCAAUUUGCUCAAGGUCAAUGAGAUCAAUGCGCGUCUCGACUUAGCUGUCGCCUUUCAACUCGAUAGUUUGUUGUACAACCUGCUCUUGAACCCUCUUCAAAUCAUCCAGCUCAGUGGAUUGAUCAAGGAGAUGGAGCCAAGUAAAGCCGAACGCGUCUUGAUCCGAUUGGCCUCUGAUUUGAGCCAAGACCAAACUGGACCGCCGCAUCCUAGUCGACAAAAUCAACCGGCCCCAUUCUCCGAAGACCAGCUUGUUCAGAAAUUCAAUGCCGCACUGCAAAUGUGCAAUUCGAAAUCAAGGAACUUGUUUGAUCGACAAGAGCGUCUCGAUAACGUUUUCAAAUGUCGCUCUGUUACCAUCACACCCACCACCCUGAUCCUCGAGGGUCCGUUACCCGACGAGAGCAACAGUAUUCUCAGACUAUACGACUACAAUAGCGCCUUUAUUCGAGUAGCAAUUCGCGACGAGGAUGGCUCCAACUACCACCACGAUCGCGAGGUUGAUGGCCGUACAUUCUUGAAACAACGCUAUCGGCCUUUCUUAGUUAACGCCCUGUAUGUUGCUGGGCGUCGAUUCAAGUUUCUAGGGUAUUCCUCAUCAGCUUUGAAAUGCCAUCAGGCUUGGUUUGUCUGUCCCUUCUUCCACAAGGGUGGAGUGAUGACGGCUGAUGAGAUUCGGAGUCGCAUGGGGACUUUCUCCAAAGUUAACAAAAUACCAGCGCGUUACAUGGCUCGAAUCGCUCAAGCCUUCACUUCUACACAGAAGGCAGUCACCUUGGCCCCCUCCCAACUGAGAAUGAUAGAAGAGGUCGAACGCAAUAAUUCAGUUUUCACCGAUGGAGUUGGGACUAUCUCCCCGUCUUUGGCCAGACAGGUCGAACAGGCUCUCUUGGGUACGAUGAUGAUCUUGAAGCGCAAGAAUGCAAUUAAUUCUUCUUGCUACCAAAUCCGCCUGGGUGGUUACAAAGGCAUGCUUUCGAUCGAUCCAACUCUUCCGGGGGAAAUCGUUGGAUUGAGGCCUUCGAUGAGUAAAUUCGACGCGGAUUCUUACACUCUCGACAUCGCCUCAUCCUUCAGGCGGCCAUUCCCAUCAUUCCUGAACAGGCCCCUAAUUAAGAUUCUCGAAGACCUCAAGAUCCCCAGUCAUGUGUUCUUGAGCGCCCAACAAAGAACCGUCAAGUUGAUCGAGCAAUCCCGUGGAUCAUUUCGACAAUCUGUGAAGCUCAUGGAGAAAGCCGGAUUAGGCUUCUCGAGCAACUUGCCCAAAAUCUUGAAGCGUUUCUCAAGCUUGAUGCGCACGGAUAACCCGGACGAGGCCCGGUCUACCUUCAUCGAUGAUUGUCUAGACUUGGUCGUCAUCGAAUGUUUGCGAGACUUGAAAUACCGUGCAAGGAUACCACUCGAAGGCAGCUAUACCCUCGUCGGUGUCGCAGAUGAAGAAUUUUGCUUGAGAGAAGGCCAGAUUUACGCUUGCAUUCAAGAAAAAGGCAAGCCGAGAAAAUACUUGUCGGGGCCAAUAGCUAUCAGCAGAUCACCCUCGGUUCACCCAGGAGACGUUCAGGUUGUCCAAGCAAUUGGCAGGCCUCCCCCAGGAUCCCAGAAAUUGGUCGCUUUGGUCAACUGUGUGGUCUUUUCAGUCAUGGGAAGUCGGUCAUUGCCAUCCUGUCUCGGGGGAGGUGAUCUAGACGGUGAUCUCUAUACAUUAAUCACCGACAAACAAAUGAUCCCGGCCGCCAGAAAUCUUCACAGCCCAGGAAGCUACGCCCCAGUAAAAAUGAAAGAACUCUCACAACCCUGCACCAUUCUUGAUGGAAUCGAUUUCUUUUUGGACUUUAUUUCCAGUGACCUCGUCGGCAUAAUCGCUACCAGACACCUCCAGAUUGCGGAUUUGGAACCACUUGGCACCUUGCACCCGGAUUGCUUAAAGUUGGCCGAGCUGCAUUCGAGGGCCGUCGAUUAUCCCAAGACUGGAAUGCCCGUAUCAAUGCAAGACUUACCAAAAGGGGAUUCCGCGAAGCCCGAUUUCAUGUGUCCAGAAUAUAUGCUUAACGUGCACAAGAAGAACAGUGAGAAAUACUACGAGUCUAACAAAGUUCUGGGAAAGUUAUUUCGAGCGAUUCCGUCUGAGCGAGUAGAAUUUUUCGAAUCUGGUCCUUCAAAUGGUCUUUUACCCCAAAGUAUACCCGGGAGAACUCGUCGCCAGCGAACUACUGAGGUCGAAGGAUUAGAUCGGGACCGACGGAUAACGCGAAGGCUCAAGAGCGCCCUACAAUCCAGAGGAAUGACCGACUUUCCUGAUCCGCUCUGGAGGGACGAGUUUGAACCCUUACUGGUAGCCUUUGGCCAAGAAUUCUCCAAAAUCUGUCAACAGAAUAGUUUGAAUAAAUCGAAGCCCCACUAUGGUCAAUCAGGACUGAGCGAGAUGGAAGCCAUCGUCGGGGUCAUUCUUAGCUCGUCCUCUGAUCGAAGACUGAAGAGAGAAACGGUCGUCCGAUUGCAGGAGCAAACCAGUGAGCUCUUUGAUACUCUCAAGCAUGAGAUCAUCGGACAAUCGCUAGGGCUCUCGCCGGCUGGUUCGUCGCUAUCGAAGCGGAUCAAUCCCUCUUCGGCAUCCAUAGCUUUGGUCUCGUCUGUUUGCAAAUUCUGUGCUCUGAACUCAGAGUCUGACGCUUCGACCCAUUAUUGA